ACGACGACAACACAACAGUGGUGAAGAAGCAACAAUGUCUUCAAUUCACGGGUUGAGAGAGUUUGUCAAUGAGCGACUAACUUCUGCUGCUGAAGAAAUAUUCAGAGUCUUUGAACAAACUGUCGUGGAGUACGAGAAAGAGAUCGUUCGUCAGCGCAGACUGUUGGAUAUCGUUCUGAAACCUGAGAUAAAGCUUCACAGGACAGAGCUCCCACUGCAACAUGUAUGUAGUAGGAAGAAGAAGAAGGUUCUCACUGACCAGCAGCUCUGUGACCAGGAGACAAACUCUAGUCUAGACCAAGAGGACCUACAGACACCAACUGCUGCUCCUGAAGAAAUACCCAGAGUCCCUCAGAAUAUUGUCUUUGAGUUCAAUGAAGACAUUAAUUAUCAGCGCAGACUACUGGAUCCUGUUUGGAAACCUGAGAUAAAACUACACAGGAAAGAUCUCCUCCAGCAACAUAUCUGUAAGGAGGAGGAGGUUCUCAGUGACCAGGAGAGGAAUACCAGUCUGGACCAAGAGGACCCACAGCCUCCACAGAUUAAAGAGGAGGAAGAGGAACUCUGCACCAGUCAGGAGGGAGAGCAGCUUUUACUGAAGCAGAAGAAUGAUGCCGUUAUGAUUACUCCUACUUAUGAGGAGAUCGACCACAGAUGGGAAGAACCAAAGAGUGGCCAGCUUCUCUCUAACAACUCUCCUGUAGCUAAGAGCCAAGAUCAUAGAGAAAGCAUUGAUGUGUACCCGGGAUCAACUAGAGAUGAAGAGUCAAAGAAAGAGAAGAGAUGUCACGAAAACACAAGUCACAGUGAUAAUGUAGACAACUCUUCCCCAACAAAGAGUCAAUGUUACACUCACACAAGUAAAACGUCUUUAACAUAUGAAACUUUUCAAAGAGCUUUUCAGUGUGAAUCCGAAUUGAAUAUGCAUCUUAGGAACCAAACGGGUGAAAGGCCCUAUUCUUGUAUCACCUGCAGGAAAAGAUUCUGUCAUAUAAAACACUUGCAACAGCACAUAAGAAUCCACAUGGAUGAGAAGCCAUAUUUAUGUGAAACAUGUGGGAAAAGUUUCAAGACUACAAUAGCAAUGCUGGUCCACGCAAGAACCCACAAAUAUGUGAAGUCAAACACCUGCAACACCUGUGGGAAAAAUUUUAGCCACAAGUCAUCAUUGGAGGUUCACAAAAAAACCCACACAGGUGAGAAGCCACAUUUGUGCAAAAUAUGUGGCAAAUGUUUCCUACGUCGGGAUGCCCUGAUGUUUCACAUGAUGACUCACACAGGUGAGAAACCGUAUUUUUGCAGGGACUGUGGGAAAGCUUUUAGACAGAGUGGUGCCUUAAACGUGCACAUUCGAACCCACACAGGUGAGAAGCCGUACAGCUGCAAGACUUGUAGGAGAACUUUCACUCAAUCAUCAUCCUUGCAAAGGCACAUUAGAAGUCAUACAGAUUCAAAUGGUAAGAAGGCUAUAUAGCCCUUUUCUAUUCUUGAUGAAUAGUUUUGCAAACGACCCUUUCACGCACACAUUCAUACAGUGCUUUUCUGUGCUCACAUCAUUGCAGUGAUCACACCACAGUCACAGUUUUGUAAUUUCUUUUUACAUAAAUAAGCUUCUGUCACAGCAAUUCAUUAAUGAAUAUAUUUCUUUCAGUGCUGGUUAUUCAGACAAAUGUCUUACAUUGAUGGAGUUGAAUUUCUUUGUAAAUGUUUGCAAUUGACAGAAGUGUACUAUAGAGGUUUUAGCUUCAAGGAGAUCAAUCUUCAGACAACCUUUGUCUUAAUGUGACUAUAUAUUUGUGUUCACAUCGGUUAGUUGAUGAGCAUCACCAUUUGUGUUUGUAGUUAUUAGCCGGCUCUUUUUAUUACUAUAAGUCUGUAAAAUCAUUUUUAACUCAAGAAUCCAACCUACUGCAAUUUUUCCAGCUAGAAAGAGUGAAAAUAUAUUUACGGGGGCCACUUCUAAGUUUUGUGAAGUUACUUUUUACUUCAGGGUCAUAAGCAAUGUCCAUGUCCAAAAAGUUAUUUUGGCCUAUCGUUUCCUGAUUUCCGUUUCAAAUCUUGAACUUUCAAUCCAUCUUUUUUGAACUACAGGUUCAAUCUUUAGUCCCACUGAAGCUUCAUCUGCUGGGUUAUUUGCUGGGUUAGUAAGGUCGAGACUUUACAAAGUUAUAGGGAAACCCAGCAGAGCCCACAAUGAGCAAACGCUUUGGUGGCUGUUGAGAGAAAAAACUCCCUCAUUAACCGGACAAAACGUCUUACCAAACCAAACAAACCAGAGAGCGGUGGCUGCAUUUGAGUUUGAAAGCUUUUCUUUUUGGCAUUCAGUUCUGUAGGCAUAAAAACAGCACUUGCAAAACUGUAACUUCUUUAAUUUUUGCUGUAAUUUUGUCUUGUUGCUUACUUUAUAUACAUACACUUGAGUUCGACCAAAAAAUCAGAUAAGGGUUUAUUUUCACGUAGUACUCAAAGAACUUGACAAUGUCUUUAGUCUUUAAUUUCUUCUGCCUUAACUGUGGGCCAUUCAAUGAUUUUGUCCAUAUUGGCAGUGGCGUGUCAUUUCUAAAAUGGUCUCAGAGAAGGUGUUAGGCCACAGCAUACAUUUCUCUGCUGUAUAAGCAGCUUUGUAACAGAUUGUAUUCAUCUCAGGUAUUUGAGGAGCGCUUUAUGUAUUGCUUGCUGACCACCAGGAUUAUGUUUCACCAGAUAUUUGUCACUUGAAGCAUGUAUGCUUAACUACAUUUUUAUUUUCACAUAUGUCAGAUUCCAUUGUUUUUCUCCACUGUUGACUGAGUAUUGCCCAACUGAGAUGAAUAAUUUGUUGUGGGUUGUAUCUUUAGCAUGAGUAUUGAGUGCUGUUUUUAUUUUUGAAAAUCCGAUUCUGUUCCAUCCGAAUACACAUGAGACACGGCCAUGACAUGAGGCAUGUCGUACUGCUAAUUUUGCAGUUGAUGCUGCAAUUUCCAUUUCAAUUUCAAGUUGUUCCGCUUGCUCCUCCAAAGUAAUUUUUGUUUUUCAACCUGAGCAUUUAUUGGCAAUAUUGGAUUCAACUUUCGAAAUACUGUCUUGAGGAUCCUCUUUGACCUUGUCGUUAUUGAUUUCAACAAUGUCCGCGUGAAGGCAACUGUCAAUGUUUGUCAGUCUUAAGUUUUCAACUUCUUUUCACCAUGUUUCCUAUAAAUAACUGUAGGCCUACCUGUGUUCUCCAUUCAGGUCUGUAUAUGUACAGGUACACAACAGAUUCUGGGCUAAAAUCACAUGUAUUUCUAAUUCCAAUCACACUGUGGUUUUCACAUAAUAAAAUUCUGACUUUUGAACUCAA